AUGGCAGUGUUGGUCGACAUGCCAGCCUGCCUCGUGCGCCCAAACGUGAUUACCUACAACAGCACCCUGACGGCUUGCGCGCGGGGUGAGCAGUGGCGUCUCGCCUCCUCACUCCUACAAGGCAUGCAGGCACAUACGACUUCCCCGAAUGUGAUCACGUACAACACUGCCAUCCGCAGCUCCGUUGGAAUUGGAUACUGGCAGCUUGCGCUUCGGCUGUUAUCAGAUGCGGGUGACCGUCCUGAUGCUAUCAGCUUCAACACCAGCAUCAGCUCCUGCGGCGCAAGCGGUGCCUGGCAGGUUGCCCUUCGGCUCAUGGCAAAGAUGCAGGAGAGCCUCCUCCCUGACAUCAUAAGUUACAGCAGUGUAGUGGACGCCGGCGUUCAAGAAGGGUGCUGGGUCCUUGCACCAGAGCUGCUGAGUGCGAUGCGAGCAAAGGUGGUGCUGCCGAAUGCUAUUUUGAUGAACAGCGCCCUGGACGCUGCUGCGAAAGCGGCCCAAUGGCAGGCGGCUCUACAGCUGCUCUGCGAGAUGCCUCAUCAUCGUGUCACGCCAGACGUGGUCUCUUUCAGCAGCGCCAUCAGCGCUGCGGAGAAGUCAAGGGAGUGGCAGACGGCGCUGCAGCUUUUCUCGGACAUGCGGCGUGCAAAGGUCGCGCCUGACGUGAUUAGCUUCAACUGCACCAUCAGCUCUUGCGAGAAGAGCUCACAGUGGCAGCCUGCCCUUUCACUCCUGGACGAGAUGCGGGCGUGCCAGGUUCGAUCGGACAUUGUCAGCUUCAGCGGUGUGAUCAGUGCGUUUGAGAAAGCGGGCCAGUGGCAACAUGCCCUCGCGCUGCUUUCCGCCCUUGAGGGCAGCAACAUGCGGCCCGAUGAAGUGAGCUGGAACGCCGCCAUCAGUGCCUGCGGCAAGGCUUCGCAGUGGCAGCCAGCCCUCCGACUGCUGUUUCGCAUGCCAGCGGCAGGGCUUCGGGCCAACGAAAUCAGCUUUAACAGCGCCAUCACCGCCUGCGAGAAGCAGGAAGACUGGGAGCUUGCGGUCUGGCUCCUUUCGUACAUGGAGCUUGAGAAAGUGAGGCCCGGCGUCGUCAGCCACAAUGGUGCCAUCAGUGCGUGCGAGAAGGGCCGCCGCUGGGAACUUGCGCUGCAUCUGUUGGCGCGGCUCUUUGAGGUCGCGGUCCUGGCUGAUGCCAUCAGCUUCAGCAGCGCCAUCAGCGCCUGCGAAAAGGAGAGCCAGUGGCGCGCUGCCAGAGACUUGCUCACGUCGAUGUCAGCGCAGAGGCUGCGCCCGCCAUCGGUUGCCUUCAAUGCGGUGAUCACCGCCUGCGGAGCAGCGCUCAAGUGGCGCUUGGCUGUGUCCAGCUACGCUAUGAUGCAGGUCUGCAAGGUCCUCCCCGAUGCCAUCUCCUGCAGCAGCACAAGCCGUGCCUGUGAACCACUGGGGCUCUGGAAGGUUUCCAGCAGACUUCUGAAGCAGCUGUCCCAAACGCCCAGCGCCAUCGCCGCCAGCAGCAUCAUCCGCUGCUGUGAGGUGGCGCAUAGCUGGCAGGUCAUGCCUCGCAUUUUAGGUGAGCUCCAGCUAUUGGGCUUGCUCUUUGCCCCUCGCGACAAGCGGCUGGACCUGAAAAGGCAGCAAACUCCAGCAGUGCACUGA